AUGGGAAAGUUGCGUACUGGAUUUGGUGUUUUUAUUGUAUUUGCGUUUAUACUUACGCUGAUUGCAUUGUUCACACCAGGAUGGAGAAGUUAUCAGGGCGAUGGUGCACCGGAUUUCGGUCUAGUCUCAUACGAUUGCGGUUCCGGAAAUCGAAAAGUACCAGAUUGGGAUUGCUCGAAAUGGGCUUACACCAAAGCAUCGCAUGAGAAAGUGACUCUAGGUUUCGUUAUUGUCGCCUGCAUACUUCAAGCUGUUGCUAUUGGAUGUUUCUUCACCUUAUUCUCGCCGCGUCUUCGUCUGGGCAUACCAACGGCCGGUGUUUGUGCGCUCGCGUUCCUCUGUCUUUUCAUCGCUAUUCUAGUUUAUGGUGUUCGUUAUCGAAGCAAAGUUGCAUACAUGACCUCCAUGUCCUACGAAUUGGUCGCCGACAUCUAUCUGGGCUAUUCAUAUUGGCUAGCAGUGGUAGCAACUAUUUUCACACUUCUAGCUACUAUAGUCGCCGGUGGAUUGAUCGGUGACUACAGAAUGCCUAUUGAUUAA